GGGACGCGCGGGUCCAGCGCCGCCCGGGAGGCCCGAGGUCGGAGUCGGCGCCGGCGGCCGGCGCCCGGCUGGGAGGAGCGGGUUUCCUAUUUCGGAAUGCCCCGUAGGUCUCCGAGCAGCAGAACACCGCCCUUGAACCAGCAGGAGUUUGCUCUCUUGUGAGCGAUGGGGGACUGGAGCUUGCUGGGCCGGCUGCUGGAGAACGCGCAGGAGCACUCAACGGUGGUGGGCAAGGUGUGGCUGACGGUGCUGUUCGUCUUCCGCAUCCUGGUGCUGGGCGCCGCAGUCGAGGCGGUGUGGGGCGAUGAGCAGUCGGACUUCACGUGCAACACGCAGCAGCCGGGCUGCGAGAACGUCUGCUACGACCAGGCCUUCCCCAUCUCGCACGUGCGCUUCUGGGUGCUGCAGAUCAUCUUCGUGUCCACGCCCACCCUCGUGUACCUGGGCCACGUGCUGCACCUGGCCCGUGUGGGCGUCAGGCGCGGGCAGCGCGAGGAGGCACCGCCCCAGGCCCGCGGCCCCCCGGGGCGGCGCAGCACAAGCCUGGCGGGCGCCCUGCUGCGCACCUACGUGCUCAACGUCCUCUUCCGGACGCUGCUGGAGGUGGGCUUCAUCGCAGGCCAGUACUGCCUCUAUGGCUUCCAGCUGCAGCCGCUGUUCCACUGCGACCGUUGGCCCUGCCCCAACACCGUGGACUGCUUCAUCUCCCGACCCACCGAGAAGACCAUCUUCAUCAUCUUCAUGCUCGCCGUGGCCUGCGUGUCGCUGCUGCUCAACGUGCUGGAGAUCUACCACCUGGGCUGGAAGAAGCUCAAGCAGGGCGUGACCAACCAGUACCGGGAGGUGCCCCCCAGGUCCUGGGAGGUGGGGGCUGAAGAGCAGGUCCCCGUGCUGGUGCUGCAGUCGCAGGUCUCAGGGCCGCCGCGGGCUGUGGGCGCGCUGCAGAUGCAUGGGUCGCCCCUUCCUGACCCGGACAGGGUCAGCAAGGGCAGCAGUGGGCGGGCCAGGAACAGCGACUUGGCCAUCUAGAGGCUCUGCCGAGUAUUGUAAGAACCUUUUGUGAACACCUCAAACCCAGGGGCACCUCAGAUCAGCAGGCAGGGAGAGCCUGGACAUGGGGGCAGAGGCGGACAAGGAGCUGUAGAGGUGCCGGAACGGCUGUUAGGCGCCGUCCACGGGGCCUGUCUCUCCUGGAGACCAGGCACAGGGUUCUGAGGCCACCCAUCUCUCCGGCUUUGCAAAGAGCUGGGGCACAGCCGACACACUCAGAUCUAUCUCUGAUUGCUUCUUCAACUGCCAGUUGAAUUUCAUUUGGAAUAUUUGCCAAACUGCACCAAAAAAAAAAAAAAGAUUUUGGGCAGGUCCAUACAAUGUCAUUCGAGUUUCUGUGCCUGUGAAGGCCCAACUGUCAGCAGUGUCACGGCCAGUGACAGCUAUCAGCUCUGAGCCUGCAGGAGCCCUCUCUAUGCUGGGAAAAGGCAGGUGGGAGACUGUGGCACCAAACGCCUUGUAAAGCUGCAGAAUCAAAAGGAAAGUGGAGCAGGGACUUUAAAGAGAAAAUGUCGAGGAUUUUUAAGAAGCUCAAAGACACAGUGGAAUGGACCACCAAUAAAACACAAGA